UUCAGCCUCGACAGCAUGCAUCUUCUCUUUCUUCAGCUGCUCCUCCUGCCUCUAGGGAGAGCUGCAAGGCAUGGGGACGGCCGCCAGGGUCACAAUUCUGUUUCUCUCUUGCUCCUAGAAAGGCAUCGUAGAGAGCUCUCCUUGGGCAACCAUGAGGAAGCUGAGGAGAAGCCAGAUCUGUUUGUGGCAGUGCCACACCUAAUAGGUGCCAGCACUGCAGGGGAAGGCCAGAGGCAGAGAGAAAAGAUGCUGUCCAGGUUUGGGAGAUUCUGGAAGAAGCCUGAGAGAGAGCUGCACCCACCCCAGGGCUCAGUCAGUGAGCAAUUCUUCCCUGGGACCCAGGGUCUCACUCAGCCAAAGGAUGGUAUGCCCGCGGAGAAAUCUCCUCUUCGGGAAGAAGCCAAGAAAUUCUGGCACCAUUUCAUGUUCAGAAUGAGUCCAGUUUCUCAGGGGAUCAUCCUGCCCAUAAAAAGCCAUGAAGUGCAUCGGGAGACCUGUAGGACGGUGCCCUUCAGCCAGACUAUCACCCAUGAAGACUGCGAGAAAGCGGUUGUACAGAACAACCUUUGCUUUGGAAAAUGCGGCUCUGUUCGUUUUCCUGGGGACGCUGCGCAGCAACCCCCCACCUUCUGCUCUCACUGCCUGCCUGCCAAGUUCACCACGAUGCACUUGCAGCUCACCUGCGCCGGCCUGGCCCCCGUGGUCAAGCUGGUGAUGCUGGUGGAGGAGUGUCAGUGCAAGGUGAAGACAGAGCAACAACACCGCCACCCUGAACAGGCUGGCUUUCAGGCAGAAUUUCACGUCCAGGAUUCCUUUAUCCCAGGACUUUCAACAUAAAAACAAGCCAUCCCACUAUUAUCAGCGAAAAGUUGCUGAUUAUUCAGUCUGAAAUGUUAAGUGGGUAUGUAAUAUUUUAAGAGAAAUGUGGUUUACAAAGUAAGAACGAUUCAGAGGUCAUGGCAUUCAUCUAGUUCUCGGUGCCCAUUUGGGAUCUGGUCUUGACUCUGCCUCUAACUGGCUGUAGGAUGUUAACAAGUUGCAGAAGCUUUCUCCCCCUUAAAUUUUUCAUCUAUAAAGGAGGGACUUGAACUAGAUGAUUGCUAAGGUCCUUUCCGCUCCUAAUAUUACAGGAUCUAUUGUCUACAAGUUUUGGUAAAAGCCUUCCAUCUGAAGAAGGGAAAGAAACUAGGCCAUAAAAAUGGGUUUCUUUAAUAGCUUACCACAGCAUUACCAAAAAACUAUAUGUAUAUAUUUAUACAUAUAUGUAUAUAUGCAUGUAUAUAUACAUAUCUGUAUGGUAUUUGUAGAAAGGAUUCCUCAUACUUAUAGCUGCCUUUGCCCUCAGGCCAUGUUUUAUUUGACUUCUAUCAGAUGAUUAAG